AUGGGCAUGAAACACAGGCAAUAUCUCUCUGGUCAGCGCGUGUUCGGCUGCAAAGAGUGCCAGACGCACCUCACAACGAUCGAGAACCUGGUCAGCCGUGCAUUCAACGGGCAGCAUGGUCGAGCCUACCUCUUUGACUCGGUCGCCAACAUUGAGCUGGGUGAGGCUGAGGAUCGUCACAUGACCACAGGCUUGCAUACGGUACGAGACAUCAGCUGCAUCAAGUGCAAGACUACGAUCGGGUGGAAGUACGACCGGGCGUACGUAGCGGCCGAGAAGUACAAGGAGGGCAAAUUCAUCCUCGAGAAGGAGCUCACCGUCGACGUUCACUAG